AUGAGGACUAGUCCUACUGACACUCUCACAAGCCCCCACAAGGUGACUCAGUACAAGGCCGGUAAGGCGUCUGAGUUCGCUCAGGGUAAGCGUCGUUACGUUCGCAAGCAGAAGGGUUACGGUGGUCAAACCAAGCCUGUCUUCCAAAAGAAGGCCAAGACGACAAAGAAGGUUGUGUUGCGUCUCGAGUGUACGGUGUGCAAGUAUCGCUCUCACCUCGCGUUGAAGCGCUGCAAGCACUUCGAACUUGGUGGUGAGAAGAAGACGAAGGGUGCUGCUUUGGUGUUCUAA